AUGGAUUUCUUCAAUUCAUUAUUCUUUAGUGACACAGACAUUGAAGACUUGGUGAGUUACUUUUUAUUUUUUUUAUGUUUUGCUUAUGUUUUUUUGAGUUUUGUCUGUGAAUGAAUGAAUGAAUGUGGUUAGUGACUCAGAAUGACUAAAUUUAUGAAUGAGGAACAAGAAAACGACGAAGUGAUUUUUGUCUAGCAAAAUUCACUUCCUCAAAUUCUUUGAGAUUUUUGAAUGUUCAUCGGAGAUAUAGUAGAUCGUGUAGAUAAGAUUUCUAAAUUACUCAAGAAGCUGAAGAUUUCUAGAUUACGGUAAAGAUUUUUUGAUUGUGGAAUAUUUUUAGAAUUAGUUUGGAAACAUUAAAAAAAAACACUUUGAAAUUGAGCCAACUAUUUUCAAGUUACAAUAACUCUCCCCCAAAAUAACAGUAGACUUUUUAUUUUUUUGAAAAUUAUUUUCAAUGAACUAUUUUUUAUCUCAAGAAAAAAGCUACAAUUUUUUUGUACUUUCUGAUUUUCGGUGACUUCAAUCAAAACAAGUAUUUAAGUACAUUUCAAGAAAAAAAAACAAAACAAAUAUGGAUUCUUUUCAAAAACUCUUGGCUUCCGCUUUUUCAUUUUUUUUUUGUUCAAAAUUAAAAAUUAUUUUCAAUUUUUUUUUCAUUGCGUGUUGAAUAAAAACGUAUGUAGAUAAUUCAUUCAGAAAUAAUUCAUAGCGAUGUUUGAACCAAGCAUAAUCUAUCAAAAAAAGUUUAUUCAUAAUUUUAUUUUUGAACGUCAAAUGUAGUAUGUAUUAGUCAUAUAAUUGAAUCUUGUUAGUUUAACCCAUAAUCAACUGACAUUUUUUAAAAAAUAAUAUUAACUUUUGCAGGAUUUUAGCUGACCAAAAAGCUAAUUAAAUUACUUUUUUUGUGUUUUGAUGCGAAAAAAAGACCGCCAUGUUUUUUUGUUUCGAGCUCAAAGAGCCCAUGUUCUUUAAAAUCUUAAAGUUCUUUGUUGUUUUUUUGCCACUCGUCAUCUGAUUAGUUAAAUCUCACGAACCGAAAUUUUUUUCAAAAACGCUAUUUUUAAAUUGCAUUUGCACCUGUCAAAAAAAUCGAAAUUCCAAAAGUUUUUUUUGUGAAUAAAAUAUUUGACUUUCUUAACUUAACUUAACUUGGUUGAUGGUUCGGAAGUGAAUAAUUUAGGAACCUCUUUUUUUCGUUUUCGAGAAAAAAAAUAAAAUUUGUUUUUUUCCUUCUUCGUCUUCUUUUCCUUUUCUUUUUCCGAGAUUUGAUUUCAUGAAAUUUGAUUUUCAUGUCAGUUCAGUUCAACAAAAGUUUAACAAAAAGUUAAACUAAAGUUCAGUUUCUUCUCAAUUUUCAUCACGUAUUCCUUCGGCUCCCGUUUUGUUUUGUUGAUUAAACAAAAAUAAUUAUAGUUUAUGUUUUUCCCUAGACUUUAAUCGGGCAGAAAAAAGAAAAACAAAGAAAACGAAUAAAUUGGAAUGUUCCAGAAUUCAUCCAUCCAUCUAGAAAAAUAUAUGUCAGUCAAAACAACAGGAUUUUUUCUUGCAUUUUUUGGUGAAGAAUCUUUGUGUUUUGAAACUUUUCCGAAAUGAGCCAGGGGUUUGAAAAAUCCCUAUUUUUUGAAUUUGAAAAUCACAAAAUCUGUGUUAUAGAAUUCCACGCGCUGAAUACGAUGUUGUAAAAAUUAGCAGCCGAACUUCGGUCGGAAAUAUCUUGAGGCCCACUCGCCAAUUCAUUUUCCUGGCUCCACUCAAAGAUCAGCAGCUAAUUUUUACACAUCAACGUCAAAACUCAAAACGUCAAGAUUCAAAACAAUUUUCUGAAUCAUCAUGUUCAGGUUAUAAAUUUUUAAAGGGUUCUAUUAAAAUGCUUUUUAAAAAAAUCGAAUGUUUUUUGAUAUUCAGAACACAGUACCUAGAAUUCGCUUAGAUUUUUGAUUUUUUAUGAUGAACAUUCUGUUUUGAUCUCAACCACCCUCGUGUUUUUUUUUCACAUUUUUCAUAAUUAUAUCUAAUUACCAUCGUCAAAAAAAAAUGAUCUUUGCUGGAAAACGGAAGGAAAUGAUAUAUUUUAAUGAGAAAUACUGACAUUAUACUAUUUGAAGAACAAUAAAAAAUAAUAACUUUUUUUUCCAUUAAUUUUGUUGUCUAGUUUCGUCAUGAGAAGAAUAUAUCGCAAAAACCAUUGAGCAGCAGCUGAAAAAAUAGAGAGACAUUUUCAUCGCUAAAAAUUGGCUGAUUUUUUUCGCUCCGAUCAUCAAAAUAUCGUUUCGAAUGGAGACAACUUUUCAGGUAACCCAGAAAAACACAUGACAGAAAAAAGAGCACAUCAUCAUAAGUUUUGGAGCUCAUUUUCUGCUCGAGUGCUUCACCUUAUUGUUAUUAUGGCAUUAUUUAUACUUUUUUCUCUCUCUCCCUUAAAAGCUACAAUUUAUCAAUCAGAUUACAAAAGAAUCAUAAGAGAGAAAAAAAUAAUAGGAUUUUUUUCUGCAAUUUUUUUUUCAUCUUACAUAUUUUUUGCUGUUUCGUUCAUUCUUGAUGAAAAAUAUGGGGGGAAAAUGAGAAAAACAUUUUUUUUUUCACUCAUAUUUUCUUGGCUAAUGGGUAUACAAUUUCUCAUUCACACGAUUUGUUCCAAGUAUUUUAUGUUCCUGAUUUUCUCUUCUUCUGAUAUGUUUUUUGAAUGAAAAAAAAUCUAAAAUCACGAAAAAAAGUAUCUCUAUAGACCAUUAUUAAUGGGAUUGUGUACAUAUUCAAUAUCUAUUUCGCAGCUCAAAAAACAAGAAAAACAUCAUUUUCUCACUCCUAGAAAUUCAUUCUAAGAGGAAAGAGAAAAAAGAAAUAUUCUAUUUUUUUUGUCUGAUCUACAAUCCCAUACUUAUCCUAUUCUAGACGUGUUAUUUUCAAGAUUUUCUCUGAAAAUUUCCGCUCGUUUUUUUAUUCAGGAAAUCAAAGUGCCUGUGUUCUUAACUGUCUACCUCAGAUGUUUUUGAUAUUUUCUUUAUUUCUUAUAGUCUUAUCUGAAAAAUAUGAUGAGCUUAUUGAGCUUGAAAAAAUGUUGUUGUCGAUUUUUCUGAAGAGAAUGUGAUUUUUGAAAUACCUACAUAUGAAAAAAUGGCUGGGAAUUUUUGGAAAGAGUUUUUCUGAAUAUCACAUUUUUUUCUCAAAAAAUCAUUCUUAUGCGAUUUCUUGGACACCUAUUCAAAACUAGAUUUCAGUAAUGAUUUUUUUCAGCCUGAACUAAAAAAUCCAGUUUUCACAAAAAAAAAUUCAAUUUCAAGUUACAUAAAUUUCCAGUCAAUAAUUUUGAGCAAAAUGCGGUGUCCAAAGUAAAAAUAUAACAAAAAAUGCGAAAAUAUAUUGUCCAAAGUUUAACUGUCUGCGUCUCUCGAAUAUACACACUUUUUCUUUGUUUCGUGUCUGCGUCUCUCAAAUACACAUACUAUUUCUCUGUUCUGUAUUUCGAAUACAAGGCGAGCUUUGGACGAUAUAUUCUUGCAUUUUUUGCUAUAUUUUUUACUUUUUAUCAAAAUUAAAGAAAACCAUCGAUUCGUUUUCAUUUUCAGUUUAUUUUUUCCUAAAAAAUGCAGUGUCUCCUCUUAAUUUGUUAAUUUUUGUCCUAAAAAUUUUGUUUCCUAGAAGUCCAAAGCCAAUUCAUCUUUUGAACUCUUCUCUUUUUUUCUAGGAACAUCAUUUCCCAUGUGUAGAUAUUUCCGGGUACUGGUUUUGUUCCACUUUAAGCUAUCACUCCCACAAAUUUGCACCCUUCUAAUUAAUUUGCAGAAGAUAACUAUUUUUAUUUCCAAAAAAAAAUUAAAUUUUGUAGAAGAAAAAAACAAAAGGAACAAUGAGAAAAUUGGUUUUUCUCAUGGUUAAACAUUUCUUCAUAACAAAAAAAAUAAAUGAAAAAUGUAGCAAAAAUAAUUUCAUUUCUAUUUCUGGAUUUGUUGAAUGAAUUAGUAUUCUAUUUUUAUCAAAAGAUGAUAAUCAUAUUCAUAAAUAGAUUUCAACUGAAAAAAAAAAGAUAUUUAUAUUUGGUUGAGCAUAAUUUCCCUUCUGCUUCCUCGCUUCCCAUGAAUUAUUCGCACACAUUUUUAUGUAGGUAUGAUAGGUAUAGAUUUUUUUUAGUUUUAUUAUAAAAGUAACAAAAAAAAGUGAAUUGACCUUUUUUGUCUACAAAAUAUUCAUUCAAAAGAGAAGAUUUUUUUGUUAUUAGAUGGGACUUUUGAAAUAUUUAUAAAGGUGUUUUGUAUUUUAUUUUAUUUUAUUUUUACUCGUUUUCUAAUUCUUCUCGUUUUUUUUUCAUUUAUUCUUGUUUUCGGCAUAGAUAACAAUUUCUUAUGUGUUCCAUUACAUAGUAAUUGUUUUUUGAAUUUGUUAGACAGCCGUGUAAAAAUACGUGGAUGAGGAAAAAUAUUUUUUUAAUUUGAUUAUAGCUAGCUACAAAUAAUGAUAUCAUAACUGAUUUCUAAUCAUUUUUAAGCUAUCGAAACAUGAACAUAAAUUAUCUAAUCUGAAGAUAAUCCGGAAGAUGUUUUAUGUGUUUCAGAAAAAAUGAAUCAAAAUGAAAUGACUACGCAAAGGAUUAGCUUUGAAAAAUGAUCUUAUCAGUGACAAAAUUUUUAUUGCGUUAUUGCUCAAAAAUCUGGAGACAUUCUCAAAUUGUUGCAGUUUCACAUAACCAAUAAAUCUGCGAAAAUAAGUAUUUUAUAUGUGAAAAAUUUUUGAUUAACUUUGGCUUUUGAUAUCUAACAUUUUUUUGGAUACUUUCAUGAGUUAUCAUUAGCUAAACUAUAGUUUAGUCUAACAAAAUUAUAUUAGUAUGUCUAUUUUUAUGUUAGCUUUGAUACUUGUAAACAAACUUUUUGAACUACAUAGCAAUCAAGUUCAUAUUAUCUAGCACUUUUACUAGAAUUUUUAACGCUUGCAGAUUAUUUUCCUGGAAGUUUCUAUUCAUUCUCAACAAUCAAACUUUCAAAUUUUCUUUUAUUCAGAUCUGAAUUUGCUAAAGGUUUCGAUUUCAUUAAUCUAACUUGUAAACAACCAAUUUUCAGCUGUUUUCAGACUAUGAACAUUUUCUUUUCAGAAAUUUCACACUAUUGUCUGCUCGUUUGUACUUUCCAAAAUCAUUUUCAUCACGCGCGCGCAAUGAAAAUUAUUAGAAAACCGAAAAAAUUACAUAGAUUCUAAAUCAAAUUUAUUCCGUUAAGUUACGCAAAUUCUGAAAAUGUCUGCAUAAUUUGUUCACCUUUAGACUUCAGCAAAGUUCAGAAAAAAAGUGCUAAAAAUAUCCGCUCAUCAGAAAGUUCAUUUUUAGUACAGUUUUGAUAUGGGAAUUGUAGCUUCAAAUUUUUCUCUCGAAAAGAUUUAAAAUACACACAAUUUUUUUAGUCUUCUUUUCGACCAUAGCAACCUGGUGUGAACAAAAAAAAACAAAAAUGCAACUUUUUUUGGUUUUUUUUCAAACAUGCUAAGCUAUACAGAACUUUAAUUUUUGUGAGACGCAGACCUCGAGCAACAUAUUUUACCACACAAAACAUAGCGCUUGGCAAUAACCUUUUUAAUGUCGGUCAGUUGGCAUCUCAAGGUGCCGGGCUUUCAAACAAAGAUAUGUUUUUUGAUGUAACCAAAAAAAACAAAAUAUUUAUUCAAAGUUCACACAUUUUGGGCGUUGUUGUUUGAUUAAACUUUUUUUUGCUUGCCUGCUUCCAAAGCCCCUCUUCCAAAGUUUUUCGCUGCUAUCCCAAUAUUUUUCAUUACAGAUUUUUUCUGAAAACAAAACAGACAAAUUUCCGUUUUUGUCGUUAUUUUUAAUUAAAAAUUCACUGUAUUUCAGAGAGAAUCUGCACUAAUAAUCUGUUGUUUUUCGUGGAGAUAUAUGUAUGUGAGAAAACAUAAAUAUCAUUUUUUUGUACAUUACCAAAAACAAAAACUGAACUUUUCUGAAAGCGGUCACUCCUACGAAAAAAAAUAGACAACUGUGUGUCAAAAACAGAAAAUGUCCAACGCAGUCCAAAAAUUAUCCCAUCUCUAUUCAUCUAUUUUUAAAUGCAUUAUGCAUGUAUACUUUUUUUCUAGUUCUCAGAAAAAUUGUGGGCGGAGCUCUAAUUCUGUUAUACUUCUUGUUCUUCUUCUUCUUCUAAUAAUCUGUCCUGGCUAGCAUAUAGUUUUUUUCCCGAUAUUUUUGUUUUCUUGAAAAAUUUCAAUCGAUAUUUUUUAUAGGGUAUGAUAAUGGAAUUCAAGGAUAUAGAACGGUAUUGUCCACGAUAUAUUCCUUACAAUUCGUCAGAUUAUGAAACAGUGGCUUUUAAUGGAACUUGUCUGCAGGUAAGCAUUGGAAAAAUGUACUUUUUCGGGAAUAAAAAAGCGUGAGAGACCCACGCGAAAAAUUUUGCAAAAUAAGGUAUCAGAGACCAAGAGGUUACAUUUUUCUGUUUUCGAAGAAUCUUUCUUCAAGAUUUUUUAUUUUUCAUGUUAACAUCAAACUCUGGACCCGUGUCAUCAGAGAACAUAUUGACAUGCUUUGAAAUUUGAAACCGGGAAACGUAAUAAAUAUUUGGUUUGAGCAAAAGUCAAUUUCAAUCAUUUGAAUUUCAAAUUGCCACCAUUCAGGCUUUCCCCAAUAACACCAAAGAACCAAGAAAUCGGAGACCACCCGGAAACAAAAUAAUGAUACCACACAGAAUAUAAAUAUUUUUUGGACCACCUAGAUUGUUGGAAAAUUGGGUUGAGCAGAGAUUUUUGAAAGGGGAUCCGAACCACAAAAAUUGCCUUAUAACAAUUUGCUUUCCAGGGUUUUUUCACAUCGCUUCAAACUUCAUUACGUCGUUUCAAUCAAUGGGAAGAAAUCCUCUACACAACCGUUUAUAUCAUUAUUUCAGUGGCCGCUGUUAUCGGAAAUGGCUUAGUGAGUUGAAGACAAAUAAUGUUUUUGAACUUUUCUGAUGUUCUUUUUUUCAGGUGAUAUUGGCAGUUGUUCGCAAAAAAUCAAUGCGAACAAAUAGAAAUGUAUUGAUAUUGAAUUUAGCGUUUUCAAAUUUGGUAAGAUACACUUUACAUAUGUUAUCGAUACUUCCUGGAAAUGGAAACAACAUUAUAUGAUUCAAUUUCCUUUCAGAUUCUUGCAAUAACAAACAUUCCGUUUUUAUGGCUGCCGUCAAUUGAUUUCGAAUUUCCGUAUUCGAGAUUUUUCUGCAAAUUUGCCAAUGUUCUUCCGGGCAGCAAUGUUUAUUGCUCCACUUUGACAAUUUCUGUUAUGGCCAUUGAUAGGUGAGGGAUCAAAAAAACUUGACUAGACUAGAAAUGUUGACUAGAAAAUUAGAGUUUUAUUUUUCUGAACUCAUUCAAAAAACCAAUUUCACGUCAGAUUUGGUUUGGUUUUUUGAAGCUAUUCACGAGUUUAAAAAGUUCAAUUUUAAUUCUCCUUCGAUGUUUUUUCUAUUCAUUUUUCAAAAAAUUAAUGGGAGCAUCUACACUUUUUAUCCAAUUAUGUAUGAAAAAUAAACUCUAGUCUUUGGAGCACAUGAAUAUCACAUGGGUUUUUUUUUUGAAAAAGUUUGUUUUUGAUGGAUUUCAUCUUUUGAUCUUGAAUUUUUCAAGAAGAAAAAAAAAUUAAAAUAAAAAAUGUGGUACAAAACUCACUUAAAAAUCAAUUUUCAGAUACUAUUCGGUGAAGAAGCUAAAAAUGGCAUCCAACCGAAAACAGUGCUUUCACGCUAUUGGUGUAUCUUUAAUCAUCUGGUUUUUAUCAUUUAUCCUAUCUCUACCACUUCUUCUCUAUUACGAUACAUCGAUUCUCUAUGUUAUGAAGGUAUAUUUUUGAACAACAUUAGAAUUUGUAUAAAAAACAGUCGUUUUUCAGGAGAUCAAAGUGUUUGACCCAAAUGGCGAGGAAUUGACACGAAGUUAUGGCUGGCGGCAAUGUCGAUUAGCAGCAACGCGCUCAAGUUUUCUUGACAUUAACACUCAAAGUAUCCAACUAAUGAUGUCAAUUCUACAAGUUGUGUUCCUCUAUGUUGUUCCACUUUUUGUGCUCUCAAUAUUCAAUGUAAAGUUGACACGAUUUUUGAAAACGAAUGCGAAUAAAAUGAGCAAGGUUCGAGCGCCAUCCAAGAGAGAGGAUUCGUCGAUUCGACCAGAGGUAUGGCUUGUUUUUUUUUAAUUUUGAUGGAUUAGAAUUUUUGUUGGGUUCAAGGAGCUCGCUGUUUUUUUAUUGCUAGUUGUUUUGAGGAAAAGAGGGUUGUAAAGAAAUAAUUUUAUGUGCUGACUUAAAUAGUUUGUAUGUAACAUAUGAGACAGAAAAAAAACAAUAUUGAUAAGAUUUUUUUGGUUCCGGGAUUAGGGGAUUAGUAGAAUUCUGAUUUCUAAAUUAAGUUUUCUGAGAACUCUUCUGGGAGAGUUCAGAAAUCGUUUUGAUGAAAAUUGAUACAAAUUUUUUACAUUUUGUACAUAAAAAACUUAAACCCAGACACCAGACAAAUAGAAAAAUUGAAAUUAAAAAUAAAAUUAAAAUAUCAAACAACAAAACAAAAUGAAAAAAUUGACGACUUUUGAAAAAAAUUGUUUCCGGGUUUUGAAAAGUCUGCAAUUUUUCUUUUCAGCAUGAAAAAAAGGGCCCAACAUAAAAGAGUUUUUUUCAGAAGUUAUAAAUUUCUCAAAAAAUAAUUCCAACAAUUUUCAGAGCAUGAAUUCAUCACUCAAACACACCGCCAACAGUCUUCAUUCUCCUUCAAUGCCAUCAAUUCGAAGUUCAAUCGACCGUAAUCCGAAUAAUCGUCGAACGAGUCGAACAACUUCUCUUCUAAUUGCUAUGGCUGGAAGUUAUGCGGCACUUUGGUUUCCUUUCACAUUAAUCACAUUUCUUCUGGAUUUUGAUCUCGUUAAUGAUGUAUGUCUUUUUUUUUGCUUUUCACUUCCUAAUUGCUCACGUCAGAUUGAUUAAUAUAUGAGGUUUUUUGCAGCAAGAAUAUGUUGGGCUCGUUGAAAGAAUCGACCAAACUUGUAAGAUGGUAUCAAUGUUAUCAAUUUGUGUGAACCCAUUUUUAUACGGAUUUUUGAAUACUAAUUUCCGCCAUGAGUUUACUGAAAUCUAUUAUCGAUAUAUCAGAUGUCAGACAAAACUUCCACGACCAGCAAGAUAUCCGCAUGAUUGCUCAUCAAUUGGGCAACAUCGCAACGAUUCGGUAUAUAAUGAUGAGACCACCCUGAUCUCAACAAUUCGACAAAACACAGUGACCCCAAGAAUAUCAACAGUUACACCGAAAAAGUGAGUCGCGAUUCAAAAAUCAUUCUUAUUGAAACACAAUUUUUGCAGUUUCCGAGGAAGUAUUCGUGUUGGAUCUGUUGGCAAAGUUUUGGAAGAUCGAAUUGUUUUGGAUGAUGAAAUUGACAAAGAUAGUUUUGUUUGA